GCCUGCGCAGAGCCGGGCUGGGAGGCCGCCGCGGGGUGGGGGGAGGGGCAGGGAGCGGGAGCUGCCGCCGCCGCCGGAGCUAACCGCGGGGACCGAGAUGCAGCUGCUGCCGCUCACCCCGUGUCUUCUGGCCGCUUCCCUCUUUGCUGCCCCUCCCCACAGGCUCCCCCUCUGCACCUCCUGGGGACCGUCAUGAAUGGUGCCCCUUCCCUGGAGGACGGGGCCUUCCCCUCUCCUCCUCCCUUGCCACCGCCCCCUCCCCCCAGUUGGCGGGAGUUCUGUGAGUCCCAUGCCCGGGCCGCUGCCCUGGAUUUUGCCCGCCGUUUUCGCCUGUACCUGGCCUCCCACCCCCAGUAUGCAGGGCCCUGGGCCGAGGCUGCCUUCUCCCGCCGUUUCGCUGAGCUCUUCCUGCAGCAUUUUGAAGCCGAGGUGGCCCGGGCCUCUGGCUCCCUCUCACCACCCAUCCCGGCCCCUCUGAGUCCUGGUGUGGAGAUCCCGCCACAUGACCUGUCCCUUGAGAGCUGCAGGGCGGGCGGGCCUCUGGCUGUGCUGGGCCCUUCUCGAUCAUCUGAGGACCUGGCCGGCCCCCUCCCUUCCUCGGUCUCUUCCUCUUCUACAACCUCCUCCUCGAAGCCGAAGCUAAAGAAACGCUUCUCCCUCCGUUCAGUGGGUCGCUCUGUCCGAGGUUCGGCCCGCGGCAUCCUGCAGUGGCGGGGGACCAUGGACCCUCCCUCCCCAGCCGGGCCCCUGGAGACCUCGUGGCCCCCUGUGUUAGGUGGAAACCGCACCUCCAACUCCUCUGGUGGGACUGGGACCGUUGGCAGGGGGCUGGUUAGUGAUGGACCAUCCCCGGGGGACAGAUGGACUCACCGUUUUGAGAGGCUGAGACUCAGUCGGGGAGGAGGGACCUUGAAGGAUGGGGCAGGGAUGGUGCAGAGGGAAGAGCUGCUGAGCUUCAUGGGGGCGGAAGAGGCGGCCCCCGACCCAGCCGGAGUGGGCCGGGGAGGAGGGGCAGCGGGGCCCACCUCCGGGGGAGGAGGGCAGCCUCAGUGGCAAAAGUGCCGCUUCCUGCUUCGAAGUGAAGGAGAAGGAGGCGGAGGAAGUCGCCUGGAGUUCUUUGUACCACCCAAGGCAUCUCGGCCUCGGCUCAGCAUUCCCUGCUCUACCAUCACGGAUGUGCGGGCGACCACAGCGCUGGAGAUGCCUGAUCGGGAGAACACAUUUGUGGUUAAGGUGGAAGGCUCCUCAGAGUAUAUCCUGGAGACAGCUGAUGCUCUACAUGUGAAGGCCUGGGUGUCCGACAUCCAAGAAUGCCUGAGCCCGGGGCCCUGCCCUGCUACCAGUCCCCACCCCAUGACCCUCCCACUGGCCCCUGGGGCCUCAUUUCUUACAAGAGAGAACACAGACAGCCUGGAACUGCCCUGCCUGAAUCACUCAGAGAGUCUGCCCAGCCAGGAUCUACUGCUGGGACCCAGCGAGAGCAACGACCGCCUGUCCCCGGGGGCAUAUGGGGGCCUCUCAGACCGCCCUUCAGCAUCCAUCUCUCCUAGUUCCGCCUCCAUUGCUGCCUCCCAUUUUGACUCAAUGGAACUGCUUCCCCCAGAGUUGCCACCCCGCAUCCCCAUUGAAGAGGAACCCCCAGCUGGGACAGUUCAUCCCCUCUCAACCCCCUACCCAUCCCUGGACACUCCAGAAACAGCCACAGGGUCAUUCCUGUUCCAGGGGGAAUCAGAGGGAGGUGAGGGGGAGCAGCCCCUCUCAGGGUAUCCUUGGUUCCACGGGAUGCUCUCUCGACUCAAGGCUGCCCAGUUAGUACUGGCCGGAGGCACCGACUCCCAUGGUGUUUUCCUGGUACGUCAGAGUGAGACGAGGCGGGGCGAAUAUGUCCUCACUUUCAACUUCCAGGGCAAGGCCAAGCACCUGCGUCUGUCGCUGAAUGAGGAGGGCCAGUGCCGGGUCCAGCACCUGUGGUUCCAGUCCAUUUUUGAUAUGCUCAAGCAUUUCCGGGUGCACCCCAUCCCUCUGGAGUCUGGAGGCCCCAGUGAUGUUGUCCUUGGCAGCUAUGUUGUGUCCUCCCAGCGGCAGCAGGAACCGAACACCUCCCACGACCCACCCCCACCCCCUGAACCCCCUUCAUGGACAGAUCCCCCACAUCCUGGGGCAGAAGAGGCGUCGGGGAUGUCAGAAGUGGCAGCAGCAACAGCCACAGCAGCCAAAGAGAGGCAAGAGAAAGAGAAAGUGGGCAGUGGAGGGAUCCAGGAAGAGCUGGUCCCCGUGGUUGAGCUGGUCCCCGUGGUUGAAUUGGAAGAGGCCUUGACACCAGGCAUGGAGGUCCGGGGAGGCCCUGGAUCUGGUGGGGUCCCCGAAGCAACACCGAUGGUGCAGCUCCAGCAGUUACCACUAGGGGGCGAUGGAGAAGAAGGGGGCCACCCCAGAGCCAUUAAUAACCAGUACUCCUUUGUGUGACACCCUACCCCCACC